CCCGCCUCGGCCAGCUGCAGAGUUUGAGGAAUAGACGCAACAGUUGUGUUUGAACAACGAUGGAAAAGGUGAUCGGUGUAUUUCGAACAAACGUAUCGCGGGCAUAAAACGAGCUCGUCUCGCGAAAUUGCCGUUCCAGUUUAGUAACAGCGGCUAUAACGAGAGCUCAACCGUUCGCAGUAACGGCUCGUCCAUGUCAACAGUGCGAUAAAGUCAAGUAAAAUUAUCCGAAGUGCGCGACUGAUGAGGAUAUUUCGCGAGUGUGUACCUACGUGAUAUGUAAAAUGGAGGGCUGAUUAAUCACCGGUAUCUAUUUUGUGAUCAUUCGGCUAAAGAUGAUCAGCCGUGUGUCGCUUGGGAUAAACGUCGGCAUACUCUUAACGCUCUUGAUACUUGGCGCGCUGUUUUCACUGCCGCUGAAGCUGCUGCUUGAUACGAAUCGCGAAACGGGUGGAUUUGACGAGCAGGAACGAGGGAGAUCCGCUGAUGAACUACCGCAAGCGGAUUACCGAAGGAUGAAGCUCUGCGGGAACCCCGACUACAAAUCCCUAGCGAAGUUGGUACACCUCAGCAACUACGAUGGAAACUGCACCAAACCAAAGCGUCCUGAUGGCGAGAAAUCGAGGGGACGAUUCGCCGCUGAAAGAUACGCCAAAAGAUUUGCGGAAGAUACGAGCGAUCAGCAAAACGUGAGCACUCAUCAGAAGAAUUCCAUCUCCAUAGCGGGUCAUAUCCUCGCUGUCUUGCUGGUCGGUUCGGCGGUUGCUGCGCUGGUCGAAGUUCUGCGAGUUCGUCUUUUUGCGGCAGUCAAGCGUUCCGACGGCGGCGUCGCGACUGUCGCGAGGAGAUCAUCCCUCGUCGAUUUGGCCCAAAGACGAGCCGUUCGCAAGGAGACGGUUCAGGCCCAGAAGUCCUUCGAAAUCCAGGGUAUGAUGCACCGAUCCCCGCUUCGUUUGCUCGCUGCCCGGCCACCCCCACUGCUUCGUCGGUCGUCAUUUCCAGCUCAGUGCCUGGGUAAGAAGGAUCAGGUCCCGAUUUCGACAACCGUGAACACGGGCCGGCUGUCUAGAAGACUGUCGUUCGUCAUCGACUCGGAAGAGGACGUAACCGUUUUGACGGACACUUCGCGACGUCGUUGUCGUCUGAUUAGGCGUCAUUGAAUUUUUCCGACGUGACGCAGGAAGUCUUCUGUGUGCGUGAGGCCAUUGCUGGAGACUAUACGCCUUAUCGAUUGAUUCCAGCAGACCUUGUUUAGAAGCCCGUAUGCACCUACACAUCGAGCAAACUACGAGAAUUUCAACGCCUGCUUUCUCAUCUUGCGCUGGUGACUAACCACGAUUCCCUACAUCAAAGACACGCAUCAUUUACGGACGAAAAACGUUGCUUACGCACAAUCAGCCAAGCGGUUGACUCGGAACGAUUUCAGGUGAAUUAUCAUGAACGACGAAACAGCUACGGAAUCGAUUUGUAAUUGUCGCUCGUUGGACACGAUUUUAUCAGUGCUUGUGGUUUAAGUGGUUUUUUGCCUUUCAGAGGAUUUACAUUAUUUUUAAAUUGUAACAAAUUGUUAUUUCUGGCAUAAUGUAAACCGGAUUAUGCUAUAAACUAUUAUUUUCAACUAGAUGAGAAUAGGGAAUUAGUGAUCUGUUUUUUAUACAUUGCUGACUCAUAGCAACGAAUUAUCCGUUAUCUCUGAAUUUGGACUAAGAUAUGAGCAUUGAGGAAUCUCGCCAAAUUUCGAUCCCCGUGUCAUAAUUUUCGCCAUAAUUAUUCUCGAUGUAUAAGUGUCUAAUAUUUGUGUGAUACUGCAUUGAUAGGCAAUUACCAAAGUCCACACAAGCCUAGCAAGAAUUAAAACAACAGAGGAUACUAAAAGAAAAAUAGCUGAAAGAAGUACACAUUCUGAUCGCAUUGCGGUUCAAUAAACGAGUGCCAAUAUCCAUUAAAACUAUGCAUACGAAUUUUGCGAGAUCAAUCUAGAAAUAUUCGUGAUAUAUAUGUAUGCAUAAGUUCUUUUGUGACGCAUUUGAAUCAACGACUGUACAAACACCGAAUAAUCUGAAAAUUCGUGGUGCUGUUAAAAUAUACCUUACACAAGUUAUACCCAUACUUGAACGCGAAUGUAGAUAUAAUCAAGGUAUUUUCUGAUGUAAAAUGUUUGUAGCAAUUAAUGCAUCGAACGGAAAGUUCGCUUGCCUUUAAAGCGAACUAUCCACAAAUAAUUUUAUUACUCACUCGACUGUAGGAGUUGACAGCUGAUACGGGAAUGGUAUACUCGUAUUAUAGCGAAGAUGGUCAGUCCCAAGAGAUUUUGAAUACGAACAGGCCUGUGUUCGAAAUCCGGAUGAAAAGAGGAUCUCGCAAAGAGUGAUACUGAUGAGGUCCAGAUACAGAUGGAGAGAGUGACCAAAUCUCGAAUCUGUAAUGAGUAAUGUAGUAUAUAUUAUAUCGAUGUGAAAAUGUAUUUUAUGAGUACUCUAAGUUUCCAACACUCGAUAUUUACUGUAUAAUAUAAAAAUAUCUGUAGACACAUUAUAUUUCUACAUAGAAGUAUACUCUAACUCGACGUAUGUACGAAGCUAUUUCACGGUUAUAACGAUGAUGAAUUUCACCAAUGCAGGUACUAGUAACGAUUCUUCUGCACAUGCAAAUGUCCAAAACGCUUUUUACGCAACCUGCGACACUAUGCUCUAACCAUUGUGCGUACGUAUAUUGUUGUAAUCACAACGAAAAGUCAAUGUGAUACAGUCCGAAUGCCCUGGUGACUACAGACAGCAAAUAUUACGAGGUUGAAGUUAGUAAUGUUAUCGUAACGAAACAUUAGGGAAGCAUCACAAUUUUCCUUAUUUUAGAGUUAUUUUGAAGGAACUAAGAUGUCGAAAUUUGAGAAUGUUUUGUUUUAUUACGGUUAGAUGAAUUGCAGGCAACUUCAAUAUCGCUAAAUAACCGUUUUUUCUCAUCAUGAACCCAUACGAUAACGUUACCAACUUCAAUAUGAUCAAAUGUUUCCAACUGUAAUUUUCUUAAAUGUAUACAUGCUCGUAAACGAAUAAUAUAUUAUAUGAAUGUAUUUUAUCAAGCACGGAAUUGAAGAAGACUCUAAUUAUCCAAUAA